CAGUUCACCACAGUCAGGCAGCUGUCAGUCUGAGCGGGUAGGUGACAGAGUUUUAACCCUGCGUUUUAAAGCUUGUCUCAGACUCAUGACAAGAAAUGAGCAUCUCUGAUGUAAAGGAAGUGGGCAGCCUAUAUUUACACUUACAUGUACAGUAGCCUGCUGUGCGAAGGCGUUUGGCACUUUAGAUGUCAACUCUUAUCCAUCAUAUCAUCAGAGACUCAUCUGGUUGCAUCUGGCAGAGACCGGAGACCAGAGACAAGACAUAAAGAGCUAUCUUCAGCGACAAGAACAGGCCCACAGCGAUGGCAACAAAAGUAUUUCUCCAGCAGCUGAUCACAAAUCCUGACAGACUGAACAGUUUAGUGGAUGAAGCGAAGGAGCUGGCUUUUCAAUAUGGGAUUCUACUGCGGACACACGAGACCCCCAAUUCAUCAGAGGUGGUGACCUAUGCCCCAUUCACCCUCUUCCCCUCCCCUGUACCCAAAGCCGCCCUCCUCCAGGCUCUGGCAGUACAAACUCACAUUAACACACUGGUGGACAAGAUCAGCCAGGACCCAGACUUUCUGGAAGAGGCUCUUGCAGGUACUAUCAAGGCAGAUGAAUUCACAGCUAAGUUGUUUGGCAUAUACAGAAAGGUGCAGCAGGAGGCUCAGACACAGUCCAUUGUGAUGGGAUUGAUCCGGGCUGAUUACAUGGUGGAUCAGAGGGAGGAUGGAACAUCCUCCUUGAAGCAAAUAGAGAUCAACACUAUUGCUGCCGGUGGUUUUGGUGUGUCCGACCGUCUCCCUGUCUUGCACAGGAACAUACUGAAGUCAGUUGGUCUGUUGGAAGAGAGCAAGUGUAUCCAGGAUACUAACAGGACUCCUGGAAUGAGUGCCGCUCUCGCCAAGGCCUGGGAGCUCUACGGCCAGCAGAGAGCAGUAAUUCUGUUUCUGGUGGAGGAGGUCCAGCUGAGCAAACUCAGUCAUCGUUCCAUUGAGAGAGAACUGUGGAACAGGAAUGUUCCUGUUAUCCGCAGAAAGUUUGAGGAGGUGUCUGAAAGAGGAUCUCUCGAUGCUGACAAACGAUUGUUUAUAGAUGGGCUGGAGGUAGCUGUUGUUUACUACCGCUAUGGCUACAUGCCAGACAACUACACUGACCAGAGUUGGGACGCUCGUCUUCUGAUGGAGCGCUCUCUGGCUGUGAAAUGUCCAGACAUUAGCACUCACCUGGCCGGAACCAAGAAGGUCCAGCAGGUGCUCGCAAGACCUGGAGUUCUGGAGAAGUUCUUCCCCGACCAGCCUCAGGUAGUGGAGCAGAUCAGAGCGACGUUCGCUGGCCUCUACACUUUAGACAUGGGUCCAGAAGGUGACCGGACUGUGGCCAUGGCUUUGGCCAACCCGGACAACUUUGUCCUGAAGCCUCAGAGAGAAGGAGGAGGGAACAAUUAUUUUGGAGAGGACCUCACCCGAAUACUACAGGAGGUUAAAAGUGAUGAAAGGAGAGCUGCUUAUAUACUGAUGGACAGGAUCCGACCCAGGACAGAACAAAACAUCCUGCUGAGGAAAGGACUUCCACUCAAACUUACUUCUGUUUGCUAUGAAAUAGGAGUUUGUGGAGCCUAUGUGAGGAAUGGACAAGAAAUGGUCCUCAAUGAAGUUGGUGGUCACAUUUUAAGGACAAAGAGCAUUGAACACAAUGAUGCAGGGAUAAUUGGUGGAGUGACUGUGUUUGACAAUCCUCUUAUCAUCUAAACAUGGCAUCUAUGGCGGCCCUCAACUUAAGAAAAGAUUUGGAAAUAGACAAAACACAAUCAAAUGAAAAGAAAUAUGCCAUCGGUUUGACAACAUGUUCAGUAUUUAGACAAACACGCUGCAAAACAGAAGGCAUCUUCUGUUCAUGUUUUCACUUUGAAGUCUUUUUUGUAAAUGCCAGUCAUGUGUUGUCAGAUGUAUUAAGGCGUUUUCUUCAUUUACUUGUGUUUUUGUCCAUUUGCAUGUGUUUUUGUCCAUUUGCAUAUGUUUUCCAAGUUGCGGUGGGUUGAGCUCUCAGGGCCACCAUACAGGAAAUGCAGGAAGUUAAAAAUGAACAGAACUAAAUGACUGGCUCUCCUCUCAGUUUAGGUAAAAAGGUAGCGUGCUUAUUUUUAUGGAACUAGCUUUAGUUUUAGUCAGAAAUGUACAGAAACCUUUUCACAGAGUGAACACUAGGUGGCAGCAAAACCAAAGGCAUUUUCCACUCACAGUGAACACUCAGGAGGAGAUCUGCAGAGUUCAUACCAAGGCAACAGGGUUCAUGUCAGUUCUUGUGUUCUUUAUGAGCUUCUCAUAUGUUUUUAAAUGUAAAAUCUAAUGAAUAAGCACAGCUGCUGCAUAAAUGUAGAGGAGAAAAAAAUACAAUAUUUCCCAUUGAAAUGUAAUGGAGUAGUAAGUAUGAAACAGCCUAAAAUGGAAAUAUUCAAGUAAAGUACAAAUAUCUCUAAAUUGUACUGAAAGGUACUUUAGUUAUGUAGUUAGUUGGCUGGCUGUUUAUACUGAGAAUACACUAAUAAUGCCAUCAGGCAUUAUAUAAUUUUUCAUGACCUAAAUGCAAAAGCCCAACUUGAAGUCACGGAUGAUCAUUUUCUAUCUUGUCUUUAUCAAGACAAUGGUAUAUGGACACUGAAUUGAUUCUCCCAGACAGGGAGUAAUUGAUCUGAUGAGAAUGUAGUGUUAAAGUAUUGUGUGUUUGCCUUCUUGUCAGUGAUCCUGAUACAAUAUUGAGGUGUGCAUACACUUCUUUAUAAAUUUGCCUUUCUACCGAAGAAAUGGACAGAUUCGUUUAACCCCAUGUGUCACCAUUUGGUAAUUGGUCUUUGGGUGCAUGUGACAAACAAGAGGUGGAUAAAACAACAGUUUAUUUCACAUCAUAUCAUGGUCACUGACCAUUCAUCAUUCUGAUUGGCUGGGAGGUGUGGAUUAACUUUAACUUACCAGACAGAGUACAUAUUUCAGGUUCUUGUUUUUAACCUCAAUCAGUCUCUUAGUUCAAAAUAAAUCCAUAAAUGUUUUUACUUCCUGCUUUGUCCUACAGAAGUUGUUCUGUGUUAAAAAGCCAGCUAAAAUAAAGCCAUUUUGUUAAACUGUGAGCUACUGAAGCUUUGGCACUGUUGCCAGCCAAAUACAGGUGCAUUUAUAUAGAAUGACAGACAAACCCAUGCAUCAUAGGUGUUAUACAUAUACCAGUUAUUUAAAGUUACUCCACACCUUACACUUGGAUAACAUCUUACUCCACGUCAUCCAUUACGAUCAUAGAACUUACUCCUCGUUGGGUAUUAUCCCUUACAUAAUAUGUUUUAAAAUAAAGUGUUCCCUUUUUUUGUCCA